AUGGGAGAAUCUGAGUUUUGGGUUUUGAUUUUGGUGGAAGGAAAGGAAAAAGAUGGUUCUUGCAUCGACUUCACCAUCGAAGAUAUUCAGAGCUUCGUCACUGAAUUUACAGAAGCUAACGUAAUAGGAUCGGGUGCAUUCGGUCUCGUGUACCGAGGUUUAAUAUCAAGUGAUAACAAACACGGUAUUGACCCUCAGGCAGUCGCGGUAAAGAAGUCAUUUGGUCUGACGGAAGAACACCACAUUCAGUUCGAAGCUGAAAUUAGCUUCGGAAGUAUACUUAAUCAUCCCAAUAUUGUAAACCUAAUUGGGUAUUGCGAUGGACCUGAAAAUUUGUAUCUUAUUUAUGAGUUUGUUCCGAACGGUUCAGUAGCAAAUCAUUUACAAGAAUUGACGUGGGACAAAUGUCUAAAAGUAAUCAAAGGUGUAGUUUCAGCCAUUGAUUAUAUGCAUGGUUUUUCUGAUUCAAUUGUGCAUGGAGACGUCAAACCGCAUAAUAUGUUAUUAACAAUGGAUUUUGACGUAAAGUUGGCGGAUUUUGGGCAUGCAAAGCGCGAGGGCCAGAGGGUGAUUUCGGGAGCUGUAGGAAGCGGAUACAUACCGACUCGUGCAGUGAGGGCGGAAAAACGCAAUGACUUAUACGGAGUAGGGACCGUAAUACUUCAGCUCUUGUGGAAGAAAAACCAUCGACUUAAGGAUUCAUUUCACCAGUGGGAACAUAUAAGAAACUACGCUGUGAAGAACCAAAGGAAAGGUGCCCACCUCAAGUUGCGAUUGAGCGGCUGUAGUGCCGCGACUGGAAAGAAGUUGAACACUCUUGCCUUAACGUGUGUACCAGAUUCGAUGGAGGAAGAUGAACAUCACUAUCCGACCAUAGCAGAGAUUUCGGCGGAGUUGCGUCACGUAGGAGUAAACAAAAUAAUUUCGAAAUUAUACAACAGUAAGUUGAAGAAGGAUUUAGACAUAUGA